UCCUCCGUCUGCUGUACGGGGCCGGAGGCCUUCGGAACCUGCUUCUUUGAUCGACCGCUGCUGGAUCCCAGCUGUACUUGUAUCUUACUCUUCUUCAAAAUAUUUAUUCUGCUGGUACUGAAGAGGAUGUGUUCCAGGAACAUACUUUGUCAGAAAUUCCAUUUUCAGAGAGACUUCAUCUUAGAGGAGCUUCAUUCUCAGAGGAUUCAGUACUCAAGUUCUUUUCUUUAGGUGAAAAAUUAUCUAAUUUACGAAGCUGGAGCUGAAUUGAAUGUUAAGUAAUGGCAACAGGUGACUUAAAAAGAAGCUUACGGAACCUAGAGCAAGUUCUUCGCUCUCUAAAUUAUCCUAGAGAGGUGGAUUGUGUAGGGUUGGUAAAGGGCGAUAUAGCAGCAUCUUUGCCUAUCAUCAGCUAUUCCCUUACCUCAUAUUCACCUUAUGUAGCAGAACUUCUGGUGGAGUCCAAUGUGGAGCUCAUAGCAAAGAACGACUUGCGCUUUAUAGAUACUGUCUACAAGCUUCUUCGUGAUCAUUUUAAUUAUAAACCAAUCUUGACAAAAAAGCAGUUUCUCCAGUGUGGAUUUGCGGAAUGGAAAAUCCAAAUUAUUUGUGAUAUUUUAAAUUGUGUGAUGAAAAAGCACAAGGAGUUGAGUGGUCUUGAGAAGACUCCAUCACAACAAAGGAAAAAAAUCAGUUCUGUUAAGUCCGAAUCUUGUUCAGGUGCUGAGAAGACAUCUGCAGAACCUGUCGGCAUUGAUGUUACCGGCAGGUUUGUGACUUCAGGAAAGAAGAAAGCUGUGGUGAUCCGCCACCUGUACAAUGAAGAUGGUGUUAACAUUCCUGAAGAUCCAUCAGCAGAUGUUCAUGAAGCAUUUGAUGUUUGUGACUUGAAGACUGCUGAACUCAAGAUUCCUGAAUUACAGGUUCCUGAGAUUAACUGUGAGCAACAAGAUGUAAAAGUCAAUCCUGAGAUUACUGCACUACAGGUGAUGCUUGCUGAAUGCCAAGAAAAGCUUAGGAAACUGACUUGCCUAGAGAAUAGAUUAGACUCUUUGGAAACAAAAAUGAAAGGGAAAGUGAUGGUGAAUGAAAAAACCUGGACCAAUCUUCUAAGUCGUGUCACUCUUCUUGAAACAGAAAUGCUUUUAUCUAAAAAGAAUGACAACUAUAUAGAGUUUAAUGAAAUGAGUGAAGAGUAUGCUUCUAGUAGCGACAUGGAUAGUCUCAAUCCGGAUAGAAAAAGUCAAGAAGAAAGGCAAGCAAAUAUUCCUCUGUCUUCUGGUUAUAGUACAGUAUCAUCAGAUUCAACUCCCAGAACCUCAACUGUUAAUUACUAUGGUUUGAAAGAGAUUUCAGAGGAAACAACAAUCCAGAAAAUGGAAAGGAUGAAAAAAAUGUUUGAAGAAACUGCAGAGUUACUGAAAUGUCCAAAUCACUAAUUAUAGAAUUUUCUACAUGAACUUCUCUAGGACUUUGGCUACUGUACAUAUUGUACAUUUUAAGAGUUCUCUAUGCAAUUUUAAUAUACGGGUGAUAUUUUCAUUAAAAUUUGAGUUCCAUUUGGUAUAUUAGCUUUUUCAUUGGGCAUUGAAUAAAUACUUAAAUAUUUUUAUGCUAUGAUUAGACUGCUUCACUGUUUCACUGUUCUUAGGAAAACCUAUGUGCCGGGACGUUCCUUUUACAGAGUGAAGUCAUUCCAGCACUGUAUUUUUGUGUUAACAUUUGUUGGCAGUGUGCUAAGUAAUAUGUUUUUUAAAGCACAGGCUUGAGGACCAUGGUUUACAUCCUGUCGGAAACACUCCACCUGGGACUUGCAUAUUGUCCCCAGGAGGCUCUCCUACAUACCAUCCUGCCAUCUGCACUGACCAAUCCGAUGUGAUGAAAAGUUAAAAACGCUCAUUGAAAAGUUGAAUGAAACCAAAAUACAACUCGUUCAUGCUCAGUCAAAAGGCAGCCACACAUUUUCAGUUAAUGUUGAGGAAGUGAGGGUCUGAUUCUCCUUUUGUAUUUGGAAGCAGGUUGGACAGUUGUGAAAACAUGUUGAGUAUUUUAGUACACUAUUCCACAGCACAUUUAAGACCAGCGGCUCAGACACAGAUGGUGGCCGACCUGUGUUACCGGAUACAUAGUGGAUUUUUUUUUUUUUUUAAGUGACAGGAGGUUAUGUUAUUUUUCUAGAGAAACUAAAGUCUUAGAUGAAGUUAAAUCAAAAGAAAAAUGAAAUUCAUUUUAAAUCACUAGAUAAAAUUUCUUAUUUAUUCGUGUUUAUAUAAAUAUAAUUUGAUUUCUGUCCCAUGUGAAGCAAUACUGGCAGGUUAAAAUUCUUUGAAGAAAAUAUCUUUGAAGAGAGCAUUUUUAGUAUUUUAAUACAGGUACAUGUGUAGUCAUCAUACUUU